CCUUUCGCGUUGGAACAAACAGACUUUAUACAAGUCCGUCAGCAGCUCGUUCUUCCACCCUGCCACACUUACUUCUCCCUUUGGUGAGUCUACAUACCUCCCAUGAUUCUUCAACGUGCCCGGUCCUCAAAGCUGCGAGGAUGUUUUCAACACUCGUUGGUCGCUCGGGUCGCGAGUAUGUGUGCCGAAGGUUACUCCAGCGUCAUCCUACGGAACUGGAGCUUAAUAUCCAUCUCGCAGUGUAAGUUCAAGAAUCAUUCUCGAUCAUUUCUGCCAAGGUUAGGACUGAUUGAAUGACUAAUUCUAGCUGUGACGGCGUACCCUUCGUUUUAAAGCCCGUUUCCCGGUCUAUCUUCGACCUCUUGUAGGAGUUUAAAGACGUUUUUGGUAAUAAUCCUCACAUCCGAAACCAUAUCGACGAAAAUGAAAAUGCAAAUUUAUUUUGUCUAUGAGUAUUUCAAAACCUAUUUGCUCUCAUUGGUAGAGAAUUAUCCACCUCUACCGAUAAAAGCGAUAAAGGCAAUUCUGAAAGAGGUUGGGCUGGGACUGAAUGAUAUUCAUUCAAAGUAUUGGAUACAUUAGGUACAAUAUCAUCGAUGUUCAACUUCUAAUAUCCAUAAAUUUUCGCUAACUGCCCUUCCCUAGACAUCAAGCCAAAUAAUGUCUUUCUCAAUUGGCACGCAGAUGAGAAGGAUCAAUUCCAACUGGAAAAGGUGAAAUUGGGCGAUAUGGAUUGUGCUCUGAAAUUGGAAGGCGAAAAGCUUCUAAAUCACAGGAUAGGGAAUGUUAUGUGGCGUAGCCCGGAAGGGCAACCAGGGAAAGGUGUUGGGAAACCUUCGGAGGUGUUCUCUUUUUCACUUCUAGUAAGUCAACGUUUGGUUUCAUUAGAUCAAUAUUAUUAAUUCUACCCCGUAGUGCCUCUACGUGAUCACAAGUGCGCAAUGUUUUCACCCAGAUUUUGAGACCCUCGAUAUCGAACCCGAGCCAGUGAAUUUGUGCAAGUUUCUUUCAGCCUUCGGUCCUCUACCGGAUGCGCUCGUAAAGCAUGUCAACGAGAAGGAAGCGGGAGCGCUCUUAAAUGGCCUGUGGCAGACCAUAGCAGAAGACGAAUCAAACGAAUAUUUUGAGCAGUGGCCUGAAGAGAAGUUUCCUAACCUUGUCAGUGAGGCAAAGAGAUUGAUAUUAAGGGUGACAAAUCUCGAUCCAGCUAAAAGAGCAUCAAUGUCGGAUAUUAUAUUGGAUCCUUAUUGGAACUGAGUUAAGGAAUUCUCACAGUAUUGAUAGGAUUGCAAACGAAUGAGGUAACGAUCCAGAUUGGUUUUAUAGAUGCAUAUUAUGAAAGUGAAUCAGCAAUCUAUCGGAUAAAACUUGACUUGUUUUUAAUUCUUGUUGUUCACAGCAGCAUUUAGGAUUAAUAUAUUCUCAUUCUCGCACAUUUUAUU